GACGGGGAUUUAUUGAAAACAAAAGUACACCCCAUAGUGGGGAAGCGAACCCACGCAGCAGCUCAAGGGCCCAGAUACAGAAUCUUCUGGGGUCCAAAUACCCCCUAGAAGUUUCCCACUGGCCACUUUAUGCUCACUUGAUGUAACUGAAGUGGUAGCCCACAAUCAGUCUGAGUGGUUGCAGAAAGCAACCAAUCAGAGGCCAGGGUGAAGUUACAAAAUUAUACUUCUAUGCAAACGAAGACUCUCCCGCCAUCAGUGUGAUUGGUUGUGGACAGCAACCGUUCAGAGGCUGGAGUGAAGUUACAAAGUUGCAAACGAAGACUGGAAGUCACUCAGUGUGAUUUGUUGCGGACAGCCAAUUUCCCAUCUGUCAUGCAGAAAAGGUCCAAGGGAACAGCCUCUGGUUCUUUUGUUACUUAGGCGUGGAAAGUUGAGGUUUUCCUUUCAAUUUAGUUCUAAGAAGUCACGUGAAACAGCCAUAGGUUCCCUGCCUGCAGACCCUAUUCUCCUGCCUCAUUUACUGCCGUCCUCCCUGCCCGCCUCUUUUAGCGACUGGCAUGAGAUGAGGAUUCGUCUUCUAAUAUCCCUCACCAGUCCUUCCCCUCUGUCAUUUAGCGAACUGCUCACUGGGCACUAGGACUUUGGGGAGAGUCCCAAGAGAGCCCUCUUCGUCCAGGGGCUACUUUUUUCUCUUCCAGCCUCCAUCUCCUAACUCAAGGGGUACAGCUCAGUCAGAUUAUGUUUGGCGCCCCGGGACAGUACAAAUCCAGGGCCCGUGGAUAGAGGAGGCAUCUCACUACGCUGCACGAGGCCACCUCGCAGUAGGCAGCCCAGCCCUGCCCCAAAACCCAAGAGCCUAACCAGGAAGACAGGAGGAGGCCGCGGGCUUCAUCUCCCAAGAGAUGGACUACACCUCCCAGCAGGCUCUGCGCGCAGGCUGAGGAUCCCUCCGCUCUUUUUCUGUCCCGCCAGCUGGGCCCCCCGCGACCAGCCAAGGGCCAAGGCCAGGUCUUUCAGAGUCUGAGGUCCGUCUUCUUAUCACAUUUCCGGGGAGGGACGGCUAGGAGCUCCGGAGGAAAAACGGACUUUUUUUGAGGAGAAAAGCGGAGGCAGACGGUGGAUGAUAAGACGCCCCGCAACUGCAGAUUUUCGCGCGCUUUGGCGCAGGUGGUUGUGGGUAGCGCGCCUGGGAGGGAGACAGAAGUCGGGGGCCGUGGCGCGCAGCCCGCGGGGCCUGAAAUGAUGUUCGAGGACGAGCCCCACGCUGAGGGGGCGGCGGUGGUUGCCGCAGCCGGGGAGGCGCUACAGGCCCUGUGCCAGGAGCUGAACCUGGACGAGGGGAGCGCGGCCGAAGCACUGGAGGACUUUACUGCCAUCCGAGGCAACUACAGCCUAGAGGGAGAAGUUACACACUGGUUGGCAUGUUCAUUAUAUGUUGCAUGCCGCAAAAGCAUUAUUCCCACGGUUGGAAAGGGUAUCAUGGAAGGCAACUGUGUUUCACUUACCAGAAUACUACGUUCAGCUAAAUUAAGUUUAAUACAGUUUUUUAGUAAAAUGAAGAAAUGGAUGGACAUGUCAAAUCUACCACAAGAAUUUCGUGAACGUAUAGAAAGGCUAGAGAGAAAUUUUGAGGUGUCUACUGUAAUAUUCAAAAAAUAUGAGCCAAUUUUUUUAGAUAUAUUUCAAAAUCCAUACGAAGAACCACCAAAGUUACCACGAAGCCGGAAGCAGAGGAGGAUUCCUUGCAGUGUUAAGGAUCUGUUUAAUUUCUGUUGGACACUUUUUGUUUAUACUAAGGGUAAUUUUCGGAUGAUUGGGGAUGACUUAGUAAACUCUUAUCAUUUACUUCUAUGCUGCUUGGAUCUGAUUUUUGCCAAUGCGAUUAUGUGCCCAAAUAGACAAGACUUGCUAAAUCCAUCAUUUAAAGGUUUACCAUCUGAUUUUCAUACUGCUGACUUUAGGGCUUCUGAAGAGCCACCCUGCAUCAUUGCUGUACUGUGUGAACUGCAUGAUGGACUUCUAGUAGAAGCAAAAGGAAUAAAGGAGCACUACUUUAAGCCAUAUAUUUCAAAACUCUUUGACAGGAAGAUAUUAAAAGGAGAAUGCCUCCUGGACCUUUCAAGUUUUACUGAUAAUAGCAAAGCAGUGAAUAAGGAGUAUGAAGAGUAUGUUCUAACUGUUGGUGAUUUUGAUGAGAGGAUCUUUUUGGGAGCAGACGCAGAAGAGGAAAUUGGAACACCUCGAAAGUUCACUCGUGACACCCCAUUAGGGAAACUGACAGCACAGGCUAAUGUGGAGUAUAACCUUCAACAACACUUUGAAAAAAAAAGGUCAUUUGCACCUUCUACCCCACUGACCGGACGGAGAUAUUUACGAGAAAAAGAAGCAGUCAUUACUCCUGUUGCAUCAGCCACCCAAAGUGUGAGCCGGUUACAGAGUAUUGUGGCUGGUCUGAAAAAUUCACCAAGUGACCAACUUAUAAAUAUUUUUGAAUCUUGUGUGCGUAAUCCUAUGGAAAACAUUAUGAAAAUACUAAAAGGAAUAGGAGAGACUUUCUGUCAACACUAUACUCAAUCAACAGAUGAACAGCCAGGAUCUCACAUAGACUUUGCUGUAAACAGACUAAAGCUGGCAGAAAUUUUGUAUUAUAAAAUACUAGAGACUGUAAUGGUUCAGGAAACACGAAGACUUCAUGGAAUGGACAUGUCAGUUCUUUUAGAGCAAGAUAUAUUUCAUCGUUCCUUGAUGGCUUGUUGUUUGGAAAUUGUGCUCUUUGCCUAUAGCUCACCUCGUACUUUUCCUUGGAUUAUUGAAGUUCUGAACUUGCAACCAUUUUACUUUUAUAAGGUUAUUGAGGUGGUGAUCCGCUCAGAAGAGGGGCUCUCAAGGGACAUGGUGAAACACCUAAACAGCAUUGAAGAACAGAUUUUGGAGAGUUUAGCAUGGAGUCACGAUUCUGCACUGUGGGAGGCUCUCCAGGUUUCUGCAAACAAAGUUCCUACCUGUGAAGAAGUUAUAUUCCCAAAUAACUUUGAAACAGGAAAUGGAGGAAAUGUACAGGGACAUCUUCCCAUGAUGCCAAUGUCUCCUCUAAUGCACCCAAGAGUCAAGGAAGUUCGAACUGACAGUGGGAGUCUUCGAAGAGAUAUGCAACCAUUGUCUCCAAUUUCUGUCCAUGAACGCUACAGUUCUCCUACCGCAGGGAGUGCUAAGAGAAGACUCUUUGGAGAGGAACCCCCAAAGGAAAUGCUUAUGGACAAGAUCAUAACAGAAGGAACAAAAUUGAAAAUCGCUCCUUCUUCAAGCAUUACUGCUGAAAAUAUAUCAGUUUUACCUGGUCAAGCUCUUCUAACAAUGGCCACAGCCCCAGUAACAGGAACAACAGGACAUAAAGUUACAAUUCCAUUACAUGGUGUUGCAAAUGAUGCUGGAGAGAUCACGCUGAUACCUAUUUCCAUGAAUACAAAUCAAGAGUCCAAAGUCAAGAGUCCUGUAUCACUUACUGCUCAUUCAUUAAUUGGUGCUUCUCCAAAACAGACCAAUCUGACUAAAGCACAAGAGGUACAUUCAACUGGAAUAAACAGGCCAAAGAGAACUGGGUCCUUAGCACUAUUUUACAGAAAGGUCUAUCAUUUGGCAAGUGUACGCUUACGUGAUCUAUGUCUAAAACUGGAUGUUUCAAAUGAGUUACGAAGGAAGAUAUGGACGUGUUUUGAAUUCACUUUAGUUCACUGCCCUGAUCUAAUGAAAGACAGGCAUUUGGAUCAGCUCCUCCUUUGUGCCUUUUAUAUCAUGGCAAAGGUAACAAAAGAAGAAAGAACUUUUCAAGAAAUUAUGAAAAGUUACAGGAAUCAGCCCCAAGCUAAUAGUCACGUAUAUAGAAGUGUUCUGCUGAAAAGUAUUCCAAGAGAAGUUGUGGCAUAUAAUAAAAAUAUAAAUGAUGACUUUGAAAUGAUAGAUUGUGACUUGGAAGAUGCUACAAAAACACCUGACUGUUCCAGUGGACCAGUGAAAGAGGAAAGAGGUGAUCUUAUAAAAUUUUACAAUACAAUAUAUGUAGGAAGAGUGAAGUCAUUUGCACUGAAAUAUGACUUGUCGAAUCAGGACCAUAUGAUGGAUGCUCCGCCACUCUCUCCUUUUCCACAUAUUAAACAACAGCCAGGCUCACCACGCCGCAUUUCCCAGCAGCACUCCAUUUAUAUUUCCCCGCACAAGAAUGGGUCAGGCCUUACACCAAGAAGCGCUCUGCUGUACAAGUUCAAUGGCAGUCCUUCUAAGAGUUUGAAAGAUAUCAACAACAUGAUAAGGCAAGGUGAGCAGAGAACCAAGAAGCGAGUAAUAGCCAUCGAUAGUGAUGCAGAAUCCCCUGCCAAACGCAUCUGUCAAGAAAAUGAUGAUGUUUUACUGAAACGACUACAGGAUGUUGUCAGUGAAAGAGCAAAUCAUUAAUGUUGUUCUUGUUUCUAUGAUAAAAGCACUUUCAGAUUGUUCUGCAGAAAGUUGGAGCUCUGUCCUUCAAACCUUUUAGACCUAUAGAUGAUAAAUAUCACUGGGUUAUAAGAAAAAAUUGCACAAAAAUUAUGUGCUUUUUAAAAUAUUUAUCCAAAAUGUAGUUGACAGAGAUGUGUUUUGAGUUGGAUUGGAAAGGAAUAUUUUAAGUGCCUUUUAAAAAUAGUAAUAGUCCGGCCAGGCGCAGUGGCUCAUGCCUGUAAUCCCAGGACUUUGGGAGGCCAAGGUGGGCAGAUCACCGGAGGUCAGGAGUUCGAGACCAGCCUGACCAACAUGGAGAAACCCCAUCUCUACUAAAAAUACAAAAUUAGCCGUGUGUGGUGGCGCAUGCCUGUAAUCCCAGCUACUUGGGAGGCUGAGGCAGAAUUGCUUGAACCCAGGAAGCGGAGGUUGUGGUGAGCCGAGGUUGCGCCACUGCACUCCAGCCUGGGCAACAAGAGUAAAACUCCAUCUCAAAAAAAUAUAUAUAUUAAUAGGGAUUUUUUUUUUUUUAAUGUUUGCUCCUUGAGUUAGUUUUCAAGAUGAAAUAAGGAGAAACCCCAUAACUUUUUAGCUCUCUUUUAAAAAUAAAUGUCUCCUUAUGUGUUUUGUAAUAUGAGGAUAAAUAAUCUACUUUUGGUAAGCAUGCUUUGAGAUAUUUGUAUUCUCAAUUUAAUAUUGAAGGAAGGGGUUGGUUCCCAUAGUACCUGGCCAGAGGGUUAUGUACCAGCCUGUCUCUGGCCCACUGUGGUAAUUCCACAUCCAGGUGCCACCGCCAUUCAGAGUUGUCUCACCCCUUCUCAUGCCUUUUCUCUCCUUGAGCUUUAUAAACAGAUUUGUACCUGAGCCUCAGUGCUACACUCAUCCUUGCUUUCCAGCCCUAAGCCAUCUCAGCCUGAUGUCACAACCCAAUAAAUGGGGCACUUUCUUCUUUUGUAAACUAUUAUCAUUUUGGUUUCUGUGACAUUAACUUAAUUAUAUAUGAUCGUAUUAACUCAUGUAGUUCUCAAAAUAGGCAGCUGCUUCUCAAGCCAGUAAAAUAAAAUUCAGUUAGUUAUUAAAAACUAAAUUCCUAUUAGUAAGGUAACACCAUGAUUAUGUGUGAUAUACUGUUUUUGAGAUCAUAGUAUCAGUCAUUCUCAAUUUCUAAUUGAGUCCCUAAGAAUAUUUUAAACCUUUUAAAAACCACAUAAAUAUCAUCUCAUGCCUCAUAAUUCUAAUAUAUUUAAUACAUCAGUAAAAUAGCUGCUUAUUACUUCCCCCACUUUGUUCUCAGUAUUGUUAGUGCAUCAUGAGUUUCCUGCUAGUGUUUGACCACUGGGUACUCCUGAAGAUGUUUUUCAGUAUUAGGGAUGCUUUUCAGUACUAGGGAUGCUUUUUUCAGUGCUAGGGAUGCUUUCCAAAAUAUCACCUCUUUAACAUUUGCUUUUUCUAGUGUGUGUCUGGAAUCCAAAGGACAUGAAUAAGCCACUCAUAAUUAAUUUUGAGAAGUUUUAUCAAAUGUUUAUGUUUCUAACUGCAAACCUUAAUUUUGGAAAGGCACAAUGUUUAACUCACCUAUGUUUAACCAUGGCUAAUUUAAAAUAGUCUAAGAUUUGGCUGUCACUAAUUAGUAUUCUCAAGAAUUUCAUUUUUCAGUUUUAAGAAGAAAAGGGAUUUUGGUUACAUUUUGCUUGUAAAUGAAAAUUACAUCCUCAUUCUUUGUGUAGUAUCUACACAUUGUUAUAAGCCAAAAAACAAAGUCUGUCUGGAAUCCUUGUACAUAUUUGUAUGUUGCUAUAAUUGUUAUUUUUAUCUUCAUUAUUGUACAAAAUAUAAAUGAGCAUUUGUAUAUUGACUGUAUAAGAAACCAUGGGCCAGGUGCUGUGGCUCAUGCCUGUAAUCCCAACACUUUGGGAGGCCGAGGCAGGAGGAUUGCUUCAGUCCAGGAGUUCAAGACUAACCUGGGCAACAUAGCCCUCAUCUCUACAAAAAAUAAAAAAAUUAGUUGGGUGUGAUGGCAUGUGCCUGUAGUCCCAGCUACUCAGGAGACCGACAUGAGAGGAUCACUUGAGGCUGGGGGAUUCUGAGGCUGCAGUGAGCUGUGAUUGUAUCAAUACACUCCAUCCUAGGUGAGAGGGCAAGACCCUUUCUCAGAAAGAGAAAAAAGGAAAUUCUGGACAUGUUUUUAUCAGUUUUCAGGACUUGGUGUCAAUGUACAUAAAAUGGCUAAUAAAAAUUGGAAUUGAGAUUAUUGAAAAAAAA